AUGGCAAUGUUCCAAGGAGCUAGACAAGUUCUUCCACCUCUUAUGGCAUGUGCCCUGCUUAGUAACCUUGGAGCAUCAAUCACUGAGGUUGCAAAAGAUGCUCUUGUUGCGGAAUACGGUCUGAGAUACCGAAUAAAUGGUCUCCAGUCUUAUGCGCUCAUGGCUUCAGCAGCUGGUGGGAUCCUAGGAAACUUACUUGGAGGAUUUCUCUUGCUCAGAACACCUCCCAGGAUCUCCUUUCUUGUCUUCACCGCGGUGUUGUCUCUGCAGCUUGUUGUUUCUUUAUCUUCCAAAGAAGAAUCUUUCGGCUUACCACGGAUUACAGAGACAAGCUCGGUUUUAAGGAGCGUAAAGAAACAGUUAUCGAAUCUGAUGGAAGCAAUUCAGGCGGAUGGAAUCUCCCAGCCUCUAAUCUGGGCAGUAGCAUCUAUUUCAAUGGUCCCACUACUCUCGGGGUCAGUCUUCUGUUACCAGACUCAAGUUCUUAAUCUCGACCCUUCGAUUAUUGGAAUGUCCAAAGUGAUUGGACAGUUGAUGCUUCUUUGUCUAACCGUGGUCUAUGAUCGCUACUUGAAGACACUUCCCAUGAGACCACUGAUCCAUGUCGUCCAGCUCUUGUACGCUGUAUCGAUUCUCCUCGACUAUAUCUUGGUGAAGCAAAUAAACCUCGGAGCUGGAAUCUCCAACGAGGUCUUCGUGCUCUGUUUCUCCAGCUUAGCAGAGAUCCUUGCACAGUUUAAGAUCCUUCCAUUCGCAGUCCGACUAGCCAACAUGUGUCCGCGAGGCUGUGAAGGAUCGGUCACGUCUUUUCUUGCUUCCGCUCUGUGUCUAUCACAAAUAGUAAGCGCUUUCUUAGGCGUGGGAUUGGCUAAUCUGAUCGGUGUAACAUCGAGUAACUACUCAAAUCUUCCUUCAGGGCUUCUCAUACAGUCUCUAGCAGCUUUAGUACCUCUGUGCUUCAUGCACUUUGUCCCAAUGUCAGAACCUGCGAUUGGGGAAGAAGUAACAAGGGCUACAAGUAAGAGAAGCAGGAGAAAUAGACGAGUCGGAACAGUAGUACGCCAGGAAAAUAUUGCUUAUCGAAGAGGAAGAGAGUCAGAAGAAGCACAAAGAUAG